AUGUCCUCAGACAACUUGUGUUUGUGUAAUAUCACAGAUGAAGGUUGUGUUGCUCUGACUUCAGCUCUGAGAUCAAACCCAUCAUCACACCUGAGAGAUCUGGAUCUGUCUCAGAAUAAUAAUCUAAGAGAUUCAGGAGUGAAGCUGAUCUCUGAUGUACUGAAGAAUCCUGACUGUAAACUGGAGAUACUGUGGUUGUAUGAUUGUGAUAUCACAGAUGAAGGUUGUGUUGCUCUGACUUCAGCUCUGAGAUCAAACCCAUCACACCUGACACAUCUGGAUCUGUCUGAGAAUAAUCUAAGAGAUUCAGGAGUGAAGCUGAUCUCUGAUGUACUGAAGAAUCCUGACUGUAAACUGGAGAUACUGAAGUUGAGUGAUUGUAAUAUCACAGAUGAAGGUUGUGUUGCUCUGACUUCAGCUCUGAGAUCAAACCCAUCACACCUGAGAGAUCUGGAUCUGACUCAGAAUAAUCUCACAGAUUCAGGAGUGAAGCUGAUCUCUGAUCUAAAAGAUGAUCCACAUUAUAAACUAGAGACAGUACGGACUUUUGUUGAAUGGGGGGAUUCAUCAUCUGAUAGUGAAUAAGAAGACACAAUAGAGACAUCACUUCCUCUUAAUCGUAUGAGUUGAUUAUUCAGUACAGAUCUGAUCUGUGACUUUAUCUAAAUCUGACUUUGAAGUGUUGGAGGUAAAUCUUCAUCCUAACUCAGCUUCUGUCUACACAUUUCCUAUAAGAGCGAUUUAUCAGUCAGUGUAAGAGGAGCAAGAAAUCUCAUAGGAUCAUAAACUGAAGUAAAUACUGACAAGAUUCCUCUUCUUCUACACUGUUGGGGUUUUUAACUUCAUCUUAAACUGAAAUGUGUUCAAGUUCAGCACAACAUUGAAGACUCGCAGCUCAUUUAUCUCUAAAUCCAAAUAUUGGAUGUCUUUGCUUUCACGAGUUCACACUUACAUAUAAUUUGGAGGGUAAAGUUUAAUGCGUAUUUGGCGUGCUGUCUUGAGGGAGGGCUCCGAGCUCGGAGUUCGGGCCCGAACCCAGAGUACUCCCCCCCUAUGUAAGUGUGUUUUAGGACUAAAAUGUGAGGAGAAGGGGUGGUGGGGGGAUGCUGCGAACUGACAACAUAAUGAGGUAAGACUGCUGAGUCUAUUUGUACCCUCUUAGGUUGAUUGCUGAGUGCUUCCACCUGUGUUUGAUUAUCAGAGAGUGCUUUCACCUGUGUUUAAUUAUCUGAACAUGGUCCUCCCGAACCUUGUUAAUAAAACAUCAUUUUGUGUUCUUCAGGAUCUGACUGCAGGACUUUUUGAUGAUUAUGUGAUCAAUUAUAAAAAAGUUGAGACACUGAAUGAAAUGUAAAUAAAAUCACAAUGCAAUCAUUUUUAAAUCUUUUAAACAAAUAAAAUGUUUCAUCUGAUAUUACUGAUAUUAAUUGUGUUGUAUGUUGUCCUGAUUACAGUCCUACUGAUGACCGUAAAGAUGAAAUGAGCGUAAUUUACAGUUUUAAUAGAGUGACAUAAAGUUUAAUAAAAUGAUAAACUUGACAUUUCA